AUGUCCACCAUUGCGAAGCCGCACGCGCCUGAGCCCCGAUCUUGGUGUUUGGAUGGCCGAGAGGUUGACCUCCUUCAUUACAUCUAUGGUCGCCCCGACAUCAAGGAGCUGCGUGGUAAUCCACAAAAAGUCCUCGCUGCCAUUGAUGACUACCACUCAAACCACAACAUGCUCAUGAACAUCGGCCCAGUCAAGGGCGCGCAUAUCACCGGCCUCAUCGCCGAGCACAAGCCGUCAACUAUGAUUGAACUCGGUGGCUACAUUGGUUACUCGGCCAUUCUCUUUGGCGAUGCAGUCCGCGCAAAUGGUGGAAAGCAGUUCUACACCCUAGAGAAGAACCCCGAGAUGGCCGCUGUUGCGAAUCAGCUCGUCGAGCUCGCCGGUCUGCGUGAUGUCGUCCACAUCCUGAUCGGUUCUAGCGAUGAGCUAUUGGUGGAACUUGUUCGUGAGCGCAGAGAGAUUGAUCAAAUCGAGAUGUUGUUCAUCGAUCAUUGGCAAGAACUGUAUCUGCCUGACUUGUGGUUGCUGGAAGAGAUGGGUGUUCUCGCUCAGGACAGGACUCUGCUGAUUGCGGACAAUGUUAUCAUGCCGGGUGCCCCUCAAUAUCUGGAGUGGGUGAAGGGCAGCCCGGAGCAGAAACGUGCGAUGGUUGCGAAGUUGAACCCGGGGUCUCUCAAACCUAACCCGAACUUGAUUUAUGAGACCGAAGUGCCGAUGUUCGAAAGUGACUGGGGAAAGGAUGGACUAGCGAUUACCAAGGUAGUUGGAGAGGUCAAGGGUUAA